CUUUUUUUUUUCUUUUUUUUCUUUUUUUUUUCUAAUAGCUAUAGAUAAAAUGAUUAAGGCCGAGUCUUUGCAAUACGACUUUGCCAUUGUGCGAGCUGCAACUAAUAACUUCUGCAACAAAAAUAAGCUUGGACAAGGUGGUUUUGGAGCUGUUUAUAAGGGUCAACUUCCAAAUGGACGAGUUGUAGCUGUGAAAAGACUAUCUAAUUAUUCUAGACAAAGAGACUCAGAAUUUAAGAACGAGAUCCUCUUAAUGGCCAAGCUUCAACACCGCAAUUUGGUCAAACUCCUUGGUUUCUGCUUGGAAGGAAAUGAAAGACUUCUCAUCUUUGAAUUUAUGCCAAACGGGGGCCUUGAUCAGUUCAUAUUUGACCUUGUCAAACGUGCACAAUUGAAUUGGGAAGGACGUUACAAAAUCAUAGAAGGGAUUGCUCGAGGGCUUCUUUAUCUUCAUGAAGACUCUCAACUCAAAGUUAUUCAUCGUGAUCUAAAAGCAAGUAACAUUUUGUUAGAUGAAGAUAUGAAUCCUAAAAUUGCAGAUUUUGGCUUGGCAAGACUAUUUGUGGUUGAUGGGACUCAUGGUACUACAAGUAAAAUUGUAGGGACGUAUGGAUAUAUGGCUCCAGAAUAUGUCACACAGGGACGAUUCUCGUUUAAAACAGAUGUUUUUAGUUUUGGUGUUAUGAUUUUGGAAAUUGUGAGUGGUCAAAAAAGUAACUCUAUUGGUCAUGAAGAAGACACGUUAAACCUUAUAAGCAUGGUAUGGAAAAAUUGGACAGAAGGGACACCACUAAAUGUCGUAGAUCCCGAUUUGCAAAAGGAUUCAACAUCUCAAGUAACGAGAUGCAUCCAUAUUGGAUUACUAUGUGUUCAAGAAAAUUUACUGCUAAGGCCAACCAUGGGUUUUGUUGUUGCGAUGCUUACUGGCUACCCUGUGAAUCUCCCGGUACCCUCACAACCUGCAUAUUUGCUCAUAGACAGUGCUACUCAGUCAAACAUGUCAUCUUCUCGAGCUCUUAUCAUUGGCACACUAAAGUCACAUCAAUCCAAUAUUGAAAUGGCCUUGGCUUCAACAAAUCAAGUUACAAUUUCCGAGCUACAUCCAAGAUAGUUUGAAGAUCAGUACAACUGUUGUUUAUGACUAAUGAUAUUGGGCAUUAACAAUUUUAGCCUUUCUUGCUUUCUCUUUUUGGAACAAGAUGUUAUAAUAUUGUUGAGGACCAACUUAAGAUUUUAAAGUUUAAAAAAAUAAUGAAAAAUUAAAUGUCAA